AGGCGGAUUUGACGCCCGGGCGGCAGGAGGAGCGGCAGCGGCAGAGCUACCAGUGGCGGCGGCGGCAGCGGCAGCAGCAGUUCAGUCUGUCCCGCUGUAGUUCUCCUAAAUUUCUGCUAACGGCCGGCAGCUCCGGUCGCUGCUCUUGUAUGUAGCCGUGCCGUUGCUUGUCGCUUUCUGGCCGUUGACGGGAGCUCAGCUAGUCGCCGCCGGUGUGAUGGAAGUGGACAAAAUGGACGAAAACGACUGGAAGUACCACGGAGAGGGGAACAAGAGCCUGGUGGUCUCUCACGUACAGCUUUCCAGAGUUCUACGCCUCCUCAAGUAUCCAGCAGAGGACUCUGAAACCCGCCACAGGUAAACUGCAGAACAGGCCUUCAGGCAGAUCCAGAACAUCGUGGACUUCAGCUCCAACGUCAUGAGCAGCCUGCUGGGGGAGAAGUUCAUCCACAGCGGGGAAGUGGUUAAACUGCCUCUGGAGUUUGUGCGACAACUUUCAAUCAAAGUUCAACAUCAAAGACCAGCCUGGAGAUGUGACAAAGUGAUGGACAUCUACAGCGGCUGUGCUCUCUGUCUGCCAAACCUGACGUCUCCAGGCCUCCACCAGCAAACACACACUCCACCGCUCUGCAUCGAGAUCAAGCCUAAAUGUGGCUUCUUGCCGUCCCCCAAACACGUCAGCAAAGACAUCAAGACCAAAGUGUGUCGCUUCUGCAUGCACCAACACUACAAGGUGGCCAACGGGAAGUGGAAGAGACGCAGCCUGUACUGUCCUCUGGAUCUGUUCUCAGGGAACAGACAGAGAAUGCACUUUGCCAUCAGACACCUGAUAGAAGAACCUCAGAACAACUUCAAAAUAUUCAAGGUGAGACAUCAUUUCAACCUUUAUUUUUCAGUUUUUUGGUCAUUUUCCCCUCUGAAAGUUUCACGUCGGUCGAUAGAAUGCAAGAAUAAGAGUUGUUGGUUGGAGUUUUUGUUCCAAAGAGAUGAUUUUAAUAAGAAAUUACAGUGGAAGAGAUUCAUAAAAAACCAAGUUCUAUGGAAACGAAAUGGAGAUUGUGAUACUACAACUCAGUGUGAUCCUGAUAGUACUUAUUUUUAUCUGCUUCUGAGAAAAAAACAACAAAAUCAGAAGUGAGUUUAACACAGUUUA